AUGAAGACAAAUAAUGGUGAGUUCAUUGCACUCUUAUUGUAUGUAGAUGACAUACUAUUAUGGAGUUCUUUAAAACAAGCUGCUGAUGAUGUGAAAUUGUUCCUAAGUUCACAUUUUAAGCUCAAGGAUUUAGGAACAGUAAAAUAUUUUCUCGGGUUAGAAAUAGCAAGGUCUCCUGAAGUUAUCUCCAUAUCACAAAGAAAAUACACUCUGGAUCUCUUGGAAGAACAUGGGUUGUUAAGUGCAAAACCAGUCUCCACUCCCAUUGACUAUAAUAAGAAGUUAGUCAAGGCUCAAGAUGAAGAGAAGCUUAUCAAUCCAACAGACUACAGACAAUUAGUUGGGAAGUUAUUGUACCUCACAUUCAGCAGACUAGACAUAACAUAUGCAGUUUAG